UCCAUAUUUUGGAGGUUUUCCCUAACAUGGAAAAAAUCACACCUACCGCUCAGUAAUCAUUCAUCAUCUUGAGUCAUUGACCAUCGCCUUCAUGUCAAAUGUGUAAAGGCUAUUUUCGUCCACGUAAAAACGUAAGAAGAAGAACCAGACCAGUUCUUACUCACUACUGCUCCUGGUCAGCCGCGAAAAUACCAAAACAAAAUCCAAAACACCCAACUGAAGUACAGCAAACACAUCAUUAAUUUAUUAGGUUAUACAGUCACUACUAAAUAAGAGUCGAGCAUUUUCCCUCUGCUGUACAAAACCCAGAUCUCUUUUUGGGAAAAAGAUUCAAGCUUUUACUUAUAAUAAAUCUCUGAUUAGCCGUUUCAUUCAAAACCCUGAUCAGUUUUUGGGAAAAAGAUUCAAGGUUUUACUUGUAAUAAAUCUCUGAUUAGCCAGAAAUGGCUGGAGGGGUUAACAGGAAAAUAUCUGCGGCUUCUGCUAGAGCUCACACUAGAAGAGCUAAGCAAAACCGUUCUUUUAAGCUUCCUUCAGGGAUUUUCUCGAAAAUAUUAUUGGUCUUGUUUGUGGGGAUUUUGGCAUGGGCUUAUCAGUCAAUCCUACCUCCUUCACCCAAGACAUGUGGUUCUGCAGGUGGUCCUCCAAUUACAGCACCAAGAAUAAAGCUUAGAGAUGGGAGACAUUUGGCCUACAAAGAACAUGGUGUCUCAAAAGAUGUGGCCAAAUUCAAAAUAAUUUUUGUCCAUGGUUUUAAGAGUAAUAUGCACGAAGCUGUUAUUGCCACUCAUUUAUCACCGGAAAUUGUUGAAGAAUUAGGGGUAUAUAUCGUGUCCUUUGACAGACCAGGCUAUGGAGAGAGUGAUCCUCAUCCAAAGAGAACAUUGAAAAGCCUGGCUUUGGAUAUUGAAGAGCUUGCUGAUCAAUUGGGACUAGGAUCUAAAUUUUAUAUAGUCGGCUUUUCCAUGGGUGGUGAGUUAACUUGGAGCUGCCUCAAGUACAUUCCUCACAGGCUAGCAGGAGCAACGCUGUUAACUCCAGUUACUAACUACUGGUGGCCUGGUUUUCCUGCAAACUUAUCUAAAGAAGCCUACAAGCAACAGUUUCCACAAGACCAAUGGGUGCUCCGUGUUGCCCACUAUGCCCCCUGGCUAACUUAUUGGUGGAAUACUCAAAAGUGGUUCCCUGGCUCUUCUGCUAUAGCUAUGAAUCCUAAUAUUUUAUCUCGGCAAGACAAAGAAGUUGUAGCAAAGCUUUUGCAGGAAAAAAACAAUUAUGAGGGAUAUGCAACACAGCAAGGAGAACCUGAAUCUAUUCACCGUGACUUGAUGAUUGGCUUUGGCACCUGGGAGUUUGAUCCUAUGGAUCUUGAAAAUCCAUUUCCAAACAACGAAGGUUCUGUUCAUCUAUGGCAAGGAGAUGAAGAUGGUCUCGUGCCUGUUAUGUUGCAGCGCUAUAUUGCUCAACGGCUUUCCUGGAUUCACUAUCACGAGCUACCAGGUUCCGGCCACAUGUUUCCUUUUGUUGAUGGGAUGGCUGACAGAAUUAUGAAGGCGAAGCUAACUGGAGAGUAGUAACCUUCCAUAUUGAUGUGGCUACUACCUCUGGUCAGACUCUGGUUUUCUUUUGCUAUUCGACCUGAAGACUGAAAUUUCUGUCCCUCGCUGUUUUUGUACAAAUAAAACCUUGUACCAAUAGUUAUAAUUAAUUGCCUCAAAAUUAUGCAAGUUCUUGGAAAUUGAGUUUGAACAUUGGCUAUUGCCUAGCUGGGAUGGUGGUUUUAAAUUUUAGCUGGUGUUCCGAGA